AUGAAUCCCCCCAACAUAAGAGCCCCCUUGUCCGUGGGGGACCUCCGCCUUCCCAAAACCACCACCAAGAAGGCUACACAACCCACCAAGCAGCACGUCCAGCGCCAUUCUCCUCGCCCUCAUUCUCAUAGUUCCCGCAAGUUGCUCACAAACAUGACCACUACAAGCACUCCAACCAAACCCAGCCACAACCCCCCCACCCUAGGCAAACUGCACACCGUCCACCCCAAUCUCCUCUACCUCGCCACCCUCCCGCGAGAUGUCCGCGCCGCCCAAGAAGUCCUCCUUACGUGGACAUACAUCGCCGCUGCACCGCAGGACGUUGUAUGUGGGCUAUGUCAGCACCGGUCCCACGCAGACCCCGACACGCGCUUCUGGUGGUGUCCGCGGCGGGUGUGCACCUAUCGCACGUGGCAUGAUUCCUGCUUGAAUCAGAUGUUUGAUAUUGAGAUUCAGAACGGGCGGGUGCAUGCGUUUGGGUGUCCUGGAUGUGGGACCGGGUGCUAUUUGAGGAGUGAGCGGGCCCAGCUGUUGGAAGGGGGGCAGGGGCAGGGACAAAAGCUGAAGCAGGAGCCGAGACAGGGCAAUGUGGACGUCGAUCCGAUGAAUGGAAGUACGGCACUGAUUCAGAGCGAGCUUCUCAACGACGAGCUUUUCAACAACGCGCAUUUAAACAGCGCGCUUCUCACUAAAGAGCUCUUCGGAAAGGGUUCCCUAAGUGAGAAACCUGACCUGCAUGCGGGCACCGUUCAAGAGAAAGAGAUCGAGAAACAGGAUCUAUGGGGAGACGGCAAAGACAGUGCUGUCAAAGACAGAGCUUGA